UUACAGUAAACUACCAUAGACUGGAAUUAGUUUCCUUUGUAUGGUGCUCUGUGUGGGCAGAUUAGGAAUUACACGUGAAUAAACAGUCUCAAACCAGUCAGGUCAAUAUUAAAUUGUUUUUGACCCAUAUUAGUUGCCAUAGUUUGGAAACGGUGUGUGUGUGUGUUUUUGUGGCGGGUUAUGACUUCCGACACUCCCUUUUCUUUAUCAGCUGGAGGAAAUAUCAGCAUUUUGUGUGCAUAACACUUUCAAAGUCAUGCCACACUAUCUUUCCCUCUCACCUGCACACAAAAACUCAAAAGCCACUGUUCAGCCAAGCAGAAAAGAUAAAAAAAGUAAACAAAAGUAUGAGCAGUGGUUGACUGUGUUCUUCUGAGCUAAUCUCUUUGUAUCUUACUCUAACCAGCCGUGCUCCCUGCCAGUGCCUCUUUACUUUGUUUUCACUCCAAGGUGUCUUCAUCUCCUGACCAGUUUCUUGACGUGGCCUUCGGAAACCUGGGAAAAGAUGAGUGCAUCUGAUUGGUCCAACCUGACCCUUCAUCUGGAGGGUUCCCUGACCAGUGCUUUGGGUAAUUACCUGGACAACUGGAGGCGUAAUAUGACAGCAGCAGCCAGUGCUUUGGACAAGACUCUGGCUGAGGAGAACUUCAGGAAUGUCAUCUGGUAUCUGGCGGUUAUGAUUGGGAUGUUUGCCUUCAUUGUUGUGGCCAUCCUGGUGAGCACAGUCAAAUCGAAGAGGAGAGAGCACUCUAAUGACCCCUACCACCAAUACAUCAAGGAGGACUGGACUGCUCAGAUACAACAGAGUGAUGUGAUCAAUAACAUUUUAGCUAGAUAAUGCAACACUUCACUUAAAGCAAAUCCUCAGUAGCAGCAGCAUGACUAGAUGUUCACAAAAGCGGCCCUUUCUCAUGCUGGUCAAAUUUGUAAUCAAUAUUCUGUAUCUAAUUGUGGUUUAGCUUUUUUUUAAUAUCAAGAUCUUUAAUCCAUUAGCAUCAAUUAUGCAUUAGGACAGUAGUUCUCAACCUUUUUGGUGUACUGCAUAAUUGACACUAUACUGCUAUCUUCCAAAUGGUCUUCUUUUUUCAUGUUAA